AUGGACAGGGUCGCACCGACUGAGACACACGCGUACGUGCACAACGGCCAGAAAGUAUACGAGUGGAACCAGACACUGAGUGACAUCAACAUCUUCAUCGAUCUACCUCCCGGAGCUCGUGCCAAGGACCUGGCAGUCUCUUUCACAACCGCCAGGCUCACGAAGGACCUGGCUGGCGCUAUCAAGGUCUCCGACUCCUUGUGGACAGUCGAGGACGGAAUCUUGGUGCUGCAGCUGGUGAAGGCACAGACGGGGGUCACGUGGCCGGCUGCCAUCGCAGGGCACGAGGUUUCGCCCGACGUCCAGACCACUGACCAGAAACGGUUGAUGUUGGAGCGCUUCCAGGCAGAGCAUCCCGGCUUCGACUUCUCCCAGGCCGAGUUCAACGGCGCAGUCCCCGACCCCUCCACCUUCUUGAAGGACCUGCCAGGCCACUAG